AAUGACACGUUGAAAUAUUGUGUUCUCUGAACUUGCUCACCAAAUAAUCGGUUGCUUCUUUCGUGCAUAAUUUAUCCAUUACAAUGUGUAUUAUGUUGUGCAUUAUUGAUUGAUUAUCAAUUUGUGCUGAUUGUGUUUGUCUUUCGGGGAAAGAAGGGCUUCUUAAUAAUGACACGUUGAAAUAUUGUGUUCUCUGAACUUGCUCACCAAAUAAUCCGUUCCUUAUUUUGUGCAUUAUGUGUAUUGUGUUGUGCAUAAUUUAUCCACAUUAUGUGUAUUAUGUAUGUUGUGCCAUUACUGAGUGUAUUAUGUCUGUUGUGCAUUACUGAUUGUGUUUUGUGUUAAUUUUCUCCUCAGGUGAGAAAACAGGUAAAGGCAGAGUUUGAAGCCCUACUGAAAGAGGGAACCACAAGAGUAUCAACUGAGCCCCAGUCACAUGGGAAGAUAGUCCGCAGACUCAGCAAGAAGCUAAAGGUUGGGACGCGAAGAAUGCCGUCUCCCUCCUCCGACUUCCUCCCCAUGCGCCCGUCGUCUCCCGUCCUGUUCUCCUCUCACCCUCUCCCCUCUUCAUUCUCCCCUCUCAUGGAGGAAGACAGCUCCCGAGAUGCCCACAAGGCUGCAGCUAUUUCAGAAGAUGCGGUGUAGGAUUACGUCUGUGUUACAUCAUCAUGAGACAAUUAUAGUCAAGAUUCUAUCAUUGCUCUUUGCAUAGUGCUACUAGUCAGUGUUUGUAAUGAUUAAAUUAUUUGUUAUCAGCUGG